UUUACGGUACUUUUCCACUUCCUUUUUCUACGGCACUUUUAGAAGAAAAUUGUGACUCGGCUGAUUGGCCGAAUAAAAGCUGCCGUUUGGUCGUCACAAUCURAAAGACCAUGGCGAAGUUCCAUGCCCCUGAGAUCCAGGACAAUCCCUCUGGAUGGGGUCCCUGUGCUGURCCUGAGAAGUUUAAGGACAUGCCCUACCAGCCCUUUAGCAAAGGAGACCGUCUGGGAAAGGUGGCUGAUUGGACAGGAGCAACCUACCAGGACAAGAGAUACACAAACAAGUAUUCAUCUCAGUUUGGGGGUGGUAGUCAGUAUGCCUACUUCCAUGAGGAGGARGAGACGAGCUUCCAGCUGGUGGACACUGCCAAGACGCAGAAGACUGCCUACCAGAGGAACCGCAUGAGGUUUGCUCAGAGGAAUCUGCGCAGGGACAAGGACCGCAGGAACCUGACCCAGUUCAAUAUGCAGACCCUGCCAAAGAGUGCCAAGCAGAAGUCCAGGGAUCGCAUGCGCCUACAGAAAAAGUUCCAGAAGCAGUUUGGCGUCCCAAAGUGGGACCAGAAAUCCCAGUAUGGGAAGAUCAAACAAUCAUCAGCCCAGUUGAAACCCCGGGACUCGUCGGUGGAGGUCCGGAGUGACUGGGAGGUGAAGGAGGAGAUGGACUUCCCCAGGCUGAUGAAGAUGAGAUACAUGGAGGUGGAAGACCCCACUGACAUUGAGUGCUGUGGUGCGUUGGAGUACUACGACAAGGCCUUCGACCGCGUCACCACUCGCAACGAGAAGCCUCUCAAGAGCAUCAAGAGGAUCUUUCACACAGUCACCACCACCGACGACCCUGUCAUCCGCAAGUUAGCUAAGACCCAGGGCAAUGUGUUUGCCACCGAUGCCAUCCUGGCCACCCUGAUGUGCUGCACGCGCUCAGUCAACUCCUGGGACAUCAUUGUGCAGAGAGUGGGCAACAAGCUCUUCUUUGACAAGAGAGACAACUCUGACUUUGAUCUGUUGACGGUGAGUGAGACUGCCAACGAGCCACCACAGGAUGAGGGCAACUCCUUCAACUCGCCCCGUAACCUGGCCAUGGAGGCUACCUARAUCAACCAUAACUUCAGCCAGCAGUGUCUGCGCAUGGGUGGGGAGAGGCACAAGUUCCCUAACCCCAACCCAUUUGUAGAGGAGGACAUAGACAAGAGUGAGGUGGCCUCUGUUGCCUACAGGUACCGCCGCUGGAAGCUGGGGGAGGACAUUGACCUGAUUGUACGCUGUGAGCACGAUGGKGUGAUGACCGGGGCCAACGGAGAGGUGUCCUUCAUCAACGUCAAGACCCUCAACGAGUGGGACUCCCGGCACUGUAAUGGAGUGGACUGGCGUCAGAAGCUGGACUCUCAGAGAGGAGCUGUUCUGGCCACCGAGCUGAAGAACAACAGCUACAAACUGGCCCGCUGGACCUGCUGUGCCAUGCUGGCUGGCUCAGAGUACCUCAAGCUAGGGUACGUGUCUCGUUAUCACGCGAAGGACUCUGCGCGCCACGUGGUCCUGGGCACCCAGCAGUURCAGCCCACUGAGUUUGCCAGRCAGAUCAACUUGAGCAUGGAGAACGCCUGGGGCAUCCUCCGCUGCGUCAUCGACAUCUGCCGCAAGCUGGAGGAGGGCAAGUACCUCAUCCUCAAGGACCCCAACAAGCAAGUGAUUCGCGUGUAUAGCUUGCCUGACGGGACCUUCAGCUCAGAUGAAGAUGAGGAAGACGAUGAUGAUGAUGAAGAGGAGGAGGAGGAGGAAGAUGAACAAGAACCCUAAGGUCUGGCAAUUGCACUAGUGACCUGGUGGCCUGCAUCACACAGAAAAUACUCCUCAUUAUAUUCAAAUAAAGAUUUGAGAAACUGG